AUGAUCAGAAAUCACCACCAAACCACACUGCAACAAUUACCAAGUUUCACCACCGCUCGCCAUGAGUUAGAAGCAGUUAUUUCUUCAGCUGCUCCGUCAUCAUCAGCCGUGGCGAGCAGCAACAGCGUGGGUUUAAAGAAUAUGGCAAACUGCCAACUGGAUCUAGUUCACCAUAACGGAUCAAAGAUCAGCGAAGCUCACGACUGCGCUGGAGCCGAUACGAGUUAUAUGUGGUUCACUACCUUUGCUUUCUUCGAUCCUCUUCCUCCUCCUCCUCCUCCUCUUCCUGCGUCAACACCUUGUCUCUGUCAGCACACAUGGAAACACUGUUUUCAUUACUUUCUGUUACCCACUUCGAAUAUACGCAAAUAG